UUCGCACAUUCAUUUAGAAAAAAUAACUUUCCAAACGGUCAAUAACCAAACUAUUACAUAACACAGACUUUUAGAUAGUGCUAGAAUCCGACCGUUGCAACCUCAAUUUCAAUUAACGGUGAUAUUAUCAGCCAUUUUACUUAUUUAAGCCAGCUUACACUCAAGUUCUUUGUCCUAACCCAAUUGUCUCUCACUCUUGUCUCUCUUUCUAAAAUGGAGUCUCAACAACCCAAUAUCGAAACACCAUUCAAAACUCAAUCCGACAACCUGCACGAAGUCACCGUUUUGAACUCACCUCCCAAAACUCAAUCCGACCACCCCGAAGUCACCGUUUUAAACUCUGAAUCGCUGCCUCGGCCGUUCCCUGAAACCGACAAGAAUCAAGAAUCUCCUCCACGAGCCUCCAUCAACGAUCCAAUGAAGAAAAUCGUGACACCGGAUCGUCUCAGAGUCCCUGUAGCUUUCAAGCACCCAGAGAGGUAUAGAAGUCCAACAGACGCAAUGAUGUCUCCAAUUACGCAAGGUCUUCUCGCAAGAAGCAGAAAGGCUUCCGGUUCUCUUAUUCCACCCAGCUUUAAUCUAUCCAAAGCUUAAUUUUUCAAUCAUAUACCAAAUCGAAAACCGGUUUUAGCCGGUUGCUGAAGAUAUUGUGAAUUUGUAGCUUGAACCGAAUAAAGUUUUUGCAUGGUUUUGUUGGUUAAUGUAUUUCUUAUGCUCGUGUUCGUUUAAGAGAAAUUAAUACAAAUCCUUUCUCCCCCGCUGAUC